AUGCCACGGUUCGCCAACGUGUACUGGUCCCCAGACUACCGCACAAGCAUCGAGAAAUUGACCAAACAGCUGGUUCGCUCGUUAGGUCAGCUCCAUGAGCUCCGGAAACUCAUCUUUCACCAUAUCAAGUAUCACCAUGCCAAUGGGGAGUUUUUGGCAGAGUUUGCCCAUAGUUCGUAUGAUAAAGAUAGCAAUUUCCGAUCAUUUAAGGAAUUGAACGAAGCAAAGCACGUGUCAAGACUGCGGAAUAUAUCUGAACUGACACCUGAGGAGUUCGAUCUAAAAUACGUGUUUACAAAGUUUGUGGAGAGAACAGCAACAGAGCUGCAUUCCCAGCUGGCGUUGGCAUCAGAGAUUGACGGAGCAGUUCUAGAUAAGCUCACUGAAUUUAUCAAGCAUCAUGAACCCCAGAUUAACGUGAUCUUGUCGCAUUUCGAGGAAUUGUUCCAGGAUUACGAAACGUCCUACGAGAAGAUCGAGAACCUCAAGCUGGAGUACGACACUCUCUUGAGGUUGGCAGAGUUCAAGAUCGACGAGAUUGCAGACGGUGAGAAAGCCGGUGUGGAUGCCACAAAAGAUGAAAUGCCAGACGUAACAGGGCCAUCUAUAGAGCCCAUCAGGCCAGUAGAGAUCUCCCUGCCCCCACCUUCCACUGACUCAGCAAACCAGUCAUUCGACGAGAUAGAUAUCAGGAAAUCAGACGACUUUGGAUUCACAUUCCCUUUGACUAUUGCUAGUGGCUUGCAUUUCGAAAACCUUGAAGAAUUGGCCGACUUCCUCACUGCGCUCACCAGAUCGAUCGAAGUAACCAAAAGAAAAAUUCCUAUUCCAGGACGCACCAACGAGUUGUUCUCUAGCGUUCAAAUCUGUGAUCAUUUCACCAAGGAACGGCCACGCGGAUUCAACCCAACACGUUCCAACUUGGAAAAACUCGGUCAGAAUCUCAUGAACCUGAAGAUAAUUGUCGGCACUAGUUUUUUCGCUAAGAAGUUCACCAGUGAUGGAAUGUGGUUUGAGUGGUCGGAUAAAGUCAUGCGAGUUGUCCAGGGCAAGCCUGUUAGUACAGAGACAGCCCCUGUCUCUCUGCCAUCGCAAAUGACGAAAAUCAGGCUUGAUGACACGCAAAAAUUUGUGAACGACAUGGCCGCUUCAACUUCUAAGACGUUCAAUGGUAUGUUUAAAUCCAUGAAGACUUCUCUUAUGAGACCGAAACACGGCGAAGAUGGCAUCCGCAUAGUUGAAGCGAACUACAAUGAAGCAUACGAAGAGCUACAAAGAAGCAAGCAUCUUCUCGACAUGGAAAUCUAUGACAAGUCGCAAUACUUCGAACACUUCGAAAAGCUCAAGAUAGAGGUGAUUUUUCAGAGCUUGACCAAGUUACUGGAGGUCAUCUACAAGCAUUCAUUGCAGUCUACUACUUCCAUGCAUGAUUUCACGCUGAGAUUUAUUGAGGAGUACAACAAACAAGAAAAUUACAACCGUGAGUUCCACAAUACCGUUAAGAACUUCAGCAGUGGCAUUUAUUUUCCAUCGUUUAUUGCCCCUGAUUACUUAACGCGAGACAAUGUGAGUAUCAGUCAACUUAACACUAAUUUCCAGAACAUCAAAUUGGGAUUCAAUUUAUAUAAGGAUAUUCCUUUACAAUUGAAAGUCAGCGAUCUGGUUCCUCCAAUUGCUUCCCACCCACUCAAUGUGAGAUCAAUACCAAUAUUUUUAUAUGAGAUUGUGAACCAUUUAAACAAUCUAGAUACAGAUAUUCAGAGUUAUUGGUUUGCCCCUAUCAAACACCAGGAAUAUUGGCUGGUGAAGUAUGAAAUAAUCAAUAUGGUGCAAGAAUUCGUUCCUCAAGAUGGACUUAACGUCCAUGAUCACAACGCUGUUGAAUCUGCCAUUAUUUUGAAGGUGAUUUCAGUUUUAAAGGAUAAAGAUGCGUCGAAAAUUGUCAAUUUCCUAAAAAAUUGGCUCCUCGAGAUUAGCGAUUCUAUCAUUCCUUCAACUGUCUACGAUUCUUUGAUCAAUAUCUAUAAGAGAGGAAAUAACAGCGGGGCGGACACAACUCUAGAAAUUGAUCGGGUAUUGAGGACUAUUCCUCGUAGUAAUUUGAGUUCUGUUAUUCACAUUUUGGAGCAUAUUUCAAAAGUAUUUGAUCUUAAUUCAGUUCAAUCUGGGACUAAGGAAGACCUGGUAGAAGGUAUCAUCAGAAAGUUGAAUCUGAUGGAAGCCAUUGGCACAGUUCCAUUUGUUCACUUGAUUCUUCGACCCUCUGUUGUCAAGAAUGCAACAGGAUUUAAACCUCCAACGGUGGAAUACGAUGCUAUUUUGAGUGAUCUCGCAAACAUCGAUGUACGCUCCAACUUGCAGUCAAGUCUUAUCGAAAGCGAGACGAAAUUCCUUGAGAAGCAAGAGCAAAAAGCAAAGAACUUGGGACUAGCAAAAAAGCAUGCCCUUCCUGCAAUCGUAACACGAACCACGGCCGAGAAGCCAGACGUUGAGAUAACUCCAGAUACACCUCGAACGCCGCCCAGGAUAGUUUCCGCCCCCAAAGCCAAAAGUCCUAAUCCAAACCUUGGUGCCGACAACUUCGAGUUGAGACCGUUCCGCACUGGUACGACACCUAGGCCAUCACCAAGCAGCUCACCAGUGCACCAAAAGAAGAAAUCCAUGGACGUCAAUCUUAUGCCCAGAAGUCCAAGCGGUAAUAAUCUCUUGGUUCCCAAGGUGGAAAUCAAGUUUGAGGGUUAA